ACUGUUUCAAGUUCCCCUAGCAGAAACUGUGCCUGAUUUGUGACCAAUGCUGGAGAUGUACGAAAAGGGAGGAAAACACUAAGCGGGUAGCUAUGGAGAUAGAUCGUCUUCCUGGCCGCUUCCUUUGACAGGUGUUGAGUAGGUUAAAAGUCUUCAAACAGAGUCCACCAUGUACGCCAAAGGGAAAGGAGCUGUCGUUCCAUCCGAUAAUCAAGCCAGAGAGAAAUUAGCUUUAUACGUGUACGAGUACUUGUUGCAUGUUGGGGCCCAGAAAUCAGCACAGACCUUCCUUUCCGAGAUCCGAUGGGAGAAGAACAUUACGCUAGGAGAGCCUCCUGGAUUCCUCCAUUCAUGGUGGUGUGUAUUCUGGGAUUUGUACUGUGCCGCUCCAGACCGCCGGGAGACCUGCGAGCACUCCAGCGAGGCCAAGGCCUUCCACGACUAUAGUGCAGCAGCAGCCCCCAGCCCCGUGAUGGGCAACAUGCCCCCCAACGAUGGCAUGCCAGGUGGACCCAUGCCCCCUGGUUUCUUUCAGGGGCCUCCCGGCUCGCAGCCGUCACCACACGCACAGCCACCCCCACACAAUACCAGCAACCCCAUGAUGGGACCACACGGCCAGCCUUUUAUGUCUCCACGGUACCCUGGUGGACCCCGGCCAUCUCUUCGCAUGCCAAAUCAGCCUCCUGUAGGAGUUCCAGGAUCACAACCGCUCCUGCCAAACAGUUUGGACCCAACCAGACCACAAGGACAUCCUAAUAUGGGCGGUCCGAUGAGAAUGAAUCCUCCCAGGGGGAUGGGAGGCAUGGGCCCUCAGAACUAUGGUGGUAUGAGGCCUCCUCCCAACUCUCUAGGUGGUCCAGGCAUGCCCGGAAUGAACAUGGGUCCUGGAGGACGUGGCCCGUGGCCAAACCCAAAUGCUAACUCGAUAGCAUACUCCUCCUCGUCUCCAGGCAACUACGUGGGUCCUCCAGGAGGAGGCGGUCCACCAGGAACUCCCAUAAUGCCAAGCCCAGGAGACUCUACAAACUCCAGUGAAAAUAUCUACACGAUGAUGAACCCUAUUGGACCAGGAGGAAACAGACCCAAUUUCCCCAUGGGUCCCGGUCCAGAUGGGCCAAUGGGCGGCAUGGGUGGCAUGGAACCCCAUCAUAUGAACGGAUCGUUAGGCUCGGGUGACAUGGAUGGGCUGCCAAAGAACUCCCCCAACAACAUGGCAGGGAUGAACAACCAACCGGGCACACCGCGGGAUGAUGGAGAAAUGGGAGGGAACUUCCUUAACCCAUUCCAAAGUGAAAGUUAUUCACCCAACAUGACGAUGAGUGUGUGAUUUCUUCUCGUUUUGUUUUAUUUGGGCUUUUAUUUUUGGUUUUGUUUUCAAACCCCCUAUGACCGUCCCCAUUCCUUUUUUAAAACCCCGUCCCCUCUUCACGUCGAUCAACCCCUGGCACCCUCUGCCCACGGAACUCUGGCUUUUUCUGCACAGCCUUCUGGGAUGCCCCAUGAGAACAGGACUCACAUGAAAGUGGCCCAUCCCAGCUUGUGCAAAAUGGCCACCGGCAACAGGAAACAGUCCCAGAGCCACAGGAAGAGCUUGUUGACUGACUCUCCCUGCCUCCCGGACUUCCUCUCUGGUUCUGGACACUAACGGGGUUGAACACACACAGGAAGGCAGGUGUGUGUUUGAGAAGACACACACUUCACCAGGCUACUUUAUGAACACACUCCACUUUUUUGAUUCAUUUUUUUUUUUUUUCUCGAAUGGAUGCAGUCAUUUUUACAGUAGAAAAUAUCUGCACCUUUUUCCUCCAUUUCAUUGUGUGACUGCAAGAGGAAACUCUUCACGAUGGAUUCGGCAGUGAACGUUUUCAUUAUUCUGUGUAUGUAUUGUAUUAUUCUCAAUUGUUGAUUUUAUUUUUAUUAAUAUUGUAAUGAUGGUUACUGCUUAGGUUUGAAUCUUUUUUUGAAAGGGGCACAUUAUAUUUAAACCACAAAUUUCGACAGAAAAAAGCACACCUCCAUUAUGCACAAUAACGGUGUCGUGACUUUUGCAGGAAGUCUACACUACGUUUUGUGUUUGCUGUGAAAACUUACCUCCCGCAGAUUAAAAGGGUAGCCGUACCUUUUCUUCUAGUACACAUCUAUAUACAGGAAAUGUAGUAUAGUUGUCCCUGUUGAGUGAACAUCUGAGGCCAUGAGGCUCGAGGCCCAAACCAGCAGCGACUUUAACCUCCUCAGACCAGCCUGUGCAUCCAACAACACUUUUUGGAGUCUCAAUCCAUCUGUAGAGAGGAUGUGAUGUCAUACCAGAGCCGGAAACAUCCGGUUAUACAACUUAACUUGACUCAAACACAUGACAGAUGUCUGCUCACCUUGAUUCACAACUUAUUUAUUUGUUGUUUUCGUUCAUGAAUUGGUUUAUCGUGCACACGUUUCGCAUGCGACCCGUCAGGACUUAUGUACACAUGUAAAUAUUCCAGUCUAAGAUACCUCCUGAAGAUUCGUAUCAUUCUGUCCCUCACCAGAGACCCUCAUGCUUUCCUUCUGCAUGAAUCUGAACAGGGUGUCUCUAGUCACGUGACAUUACAGAUGAGGAUCCUGUUGGCUCGGUGCUCAUCAUGCUGGAGAUUUUUUGGGGUGCAGGAAUAGAGCCCUCCUCCUCAAACAACUUUUGUUAAGUAUGUGUUCUGUAUAAUGUCUCAUCAUCUUCAAAACCGUGAGAUGUCAGCCACAUCCAAGGCUUAUUUUUCUGAGCUUAUGAGAUGAGGGGAUAGUAAUAGGACUUCCAGGGACUACUGAAUGAGGGAUACAUGAACUAAAUGUGCUCACCGCCUGUCUGUUUCAUAAUAUUAACAUGCAUUUUCUCAUUUCGAAUUUUCUCUCUGUCUUUUAAAGGGAUAGUCCAUCCAAAAAAAUGCAUUUACUUGCAUUUUUCUCAUUCCAAAACUGUGGCUUUCUAACUAAAGAGUUUUGAUUUGCCAUUGACUUGCAUUGUCAUUUUUGUUUAUAUAAUGAAAGCCAAUGGGACAUUUUUGGUUACCAACAUUUUUCAAAAUAUUUUUUUUAAGAAGGUGCUUUAAUAUAUCUUGUUAGAGAAGAAUUUUGAAGAAUGUUAGUAAAUAAAUUGGUUUGGGUGUCAUUGAUUUCAAUUAUAAUUUUUGGCCAUACUGUCUAAGUGAAUGAAAACUGUUUAGGUACAAGUUCUUCAAAAUAUUCUUAUUUUUUUUGAUGUUUUAAUCUAUCUUGUUACAGAAGGUAGUUUGAAGAAUGUUGGUAACAAAACUGUUUCAGUUCCUAUAAUUUUUGUUCAUUCACUCAAUGGAAAGUGAAACUUUUUUUUUUUUUGGAAGAACAAUGUUGAGAACUACACUUUUUCAUUCUACAUUGACUUCAAUUUUAUAAAAUUCACACAAUGGAAGUGAAUAGGAACUAAAAUUUUCAAAACAUCUUUUUGAAGUUAAUUUCAAUCCGUCUUUUUAAAGAUUUUUUGAAGAAUGUUGAUAACUAAAAAGUUUUGGCCUCCAUUAACUCAUUUUUGACCAUGCAAUGGAAGUCAAUGGGACUAUUUGGUUAUCCUAAAGUAUCUUCUUUUAUUUUCCGCUGAAAGUCACACAGGUUUGGAAUGACGUGAGUGAUUUUUGGGUGGCCCUAUCCCUUGAAACAAAAUGUGUUUUUGGAAGUAGGUCUCUCAGUGAAAUAGAUAUUAGGGAUCAGAAGGAACCAGUAAAUAUCAGAUGCUAAAAUCCUCCUGCUGAUUACAUCCACACACAUUAAUCACACAGCACCUGUUUUUAAGUUCUCCACAGCUUGAUGACACGAUGUACACAGAGAAACACACAUUUAUACAGCGUCUAUCUUAUAUUAUUACUUUGUUUGUUUGUAAAUACUGUAAAAUGCAUUUUGAUAUCAUUGACAUCUUUUGAUAUUUCCGUCACUACCAAUGAACACUGAGAUCUUGGGGGUAAAAAAAAAAAAAUUGUAAAGGAAGAACCCAUGUUUGUAGUUAAAGAGUCGCCAUCCUCUGUCUUUGACUCUGUACAGAUGUACUAAAUCAUGCAAAUGUAAAGUUUUGUCAGCCUCUACUUAGUAAACAACAUCUGAGCGCUCAUGUUUUAGGAGAAGAGGAAGGUAAGAGGUGUCUGAAGCGGUACCGUUCGCUCCUUGUAGACUAGACACUCACAGGAGGGAGGUAUGUGGAGGGUGAAAGCCUCACGAUCUGUUCUCUCUCGGGCUUGUCCUCACUUUGCACUUUCCAUUCAGCAGCCCACCUUUUAACACAUUGUGUGGACAUACAUGAACACAGGACUUGUCUCUUUAUGUGCAAAAGGGACCACAAACAUCGCUAACUUUACUAUGAAGGAUUUUUAUCUGUUUAAAUUAAAAAAAACAGAAAAAAAAAAAACUUGUUCGGAGUAGGGAUUAAAAAAAAAAAGGUUAUCAAAUGAAGGGAAGUGUCCUUUGAGAUAGUGUUUUAUAGGCUGCGCUCUCUUCCUCUCAGCCAGUCCUCUGUAUGUAAACCACUCACGUCGUUGGCCAUCUCUGUAAUUCUAUUGUGACGCUGUACGAUACUGCAACAUUAGCGAGGAGACGAGUUGCUGAGGGGCUUCAGAUGUGGAAAAGAAAAAAAAAAAAUCCUCCACCGUUGUUCUUUCUGAUAAUUGAGAAGCAGUAUUGUGUAUAAAGCAGUCUGUCUCCGGGGUUUGCUUUGUAUUUUUAUGUUUAGGGUAGUUCGGAUCCUUGUCUUAGGGACUCUUUCUGUCUUGUGUAGUACCUAAAUUAAGAUGUUCUUUGUAUGUUUCUUUAUAUUGUAAAGUUUCUUUUAGAUUUAAAAGUUGCUUAUUAAAAAAGGAUGGAAAAAGUGUUUCAAUAAUGUAUUUUUUUCUCUCUGGUUUCUUUUUUUCAUGGAGUUGUUGCUUAUUUUUUUGCUUGUCCCUUCGUUGUAGAUACAAAUUUAAGACUAAUAAAAUAACAUAACCCCUUUUACCAAGA